AUGGCCAAAACCAAUGUCAUCGAUCCUGAAGGGGAUGUCAUCCUCAUCUGCGGCAAGACUGAGUUCCAGGUCUCAUCCAAAGUCCUGAGCCUGGCAUCGCCGGUCUUUAAAGCACUCUUUAGCCCAAGUUUUGCGGAAGGACAGCCUACUUCAAGCAAAGCCAGUCGUAUCCAACUCCAUGAUGAUGAUGCAGAAAGUAUGCUGUUUAUGUGCGCCGUCCUCCACCAUAAGUGCGCUUUCUCCAAGGGCAUCGGUCUGGAGAGACUUGAGAGGCUUGCUGUCGUCACUGAUAAAUACGAUGUAUCUUAUGCCUUUGACGAGGCCCAAUUCUUUAACAGCCUUACCAAAUUCAUGAUGCUAAACCUACCCAACGACGGUAAAGCUCAGACCGCGUCAAGAAAGUACGGCAUACCAGAGGAGAUUGAGAGCCAUAUUCCGGAAGGUUUAAUUGAGGCCAUAUUCCUUGCCGAACAAGACGUCAAGAGAGAAAUGCAAAUCCAAAUUGAGCAGCUCAUCAGCCCCAUUGCAGAAAAAUCCACUGCAGGCGAUCUCAUCCUAGGCUCAGACGACAUCAUUUUCUCCCACUGCGAUUGCAUCUCCAUCAGCUCGCUUAUCAACGGCCUCUCCAGGCAAGGCUUAUGGCCUUUGACUUCGGCGGUCCACCGCCUGAGCAUCUCAAUGUUGUGCAAGAAGCUCGAAGCAUGUGAUGUUGGAUUGGCAAGCCGUAUCACUAAACUCAAGAAGUGCUCACGCUGUCCAGAGAACGUGGCUGCUAAGGUCGCCAAAAUCAGAGAAGCUGCCUUGACGAGGUUUGAGGGUCUGUGCCUUGAUUGCAUCAAGAACCCCGGGAAAUCACCGGAGCAAAGACUUCAAUGUCGAGUCCCGCACCAGCAUUUUCGAGGACUACCACGGCAGCUUCCGGUCUCAGAGGGACAAUAG